UAGUGGAACAACCACCACAUGCUUUACCCAACCAAGCCACAACAACCAGCUCUUAUAAACGUUUUAGUCUAAUAAAAUGCCAACACAUCUACCCAUACUUCUUCUCAAUUAUAAAUAAGAUCGAUAAACACAAAUUUAAAAUAACACAUAUAAAUUGAUCCUUGCUUUUUCUUAUACUAUUAAAUACAAAAAAAAAAUUACAAAGUAAUAGAAUGGUUGUGAAACUAUACGGACAGGUUACGGCAGCUUGUCCUCAAAGAGUCUUGCUUUGUCUUCUUGAGAAAGAAAUUGAAUUUGAGAUUAUUCACAUCGAUCUUGAUACACUAGAGCAGAAAAGACCUGAACAUCUUCUUCGUCAGCCAUUUGGUCAAGUUCCAGCCAUAGAAGAUGGAGAUUUCAAACUUUUUGAAUCUCGAGCCAUUGCGAGAUACUACGCGACCAAGUACGCGGACCAAGGCACGAACCUUUUGGGCAAGUCUCUAGAGCACCGAGCCAUCGUGGACCAGUGGGCUGAUGUUGAGGUCGGUUACUUCAACGUGCUGGUACACCCUUUAGUGAUGAACCUAGUCAUCAAACCGAGGUUAGGCGAAGAAUGUGACGCCGUUUUGGUCGAGGAGCUCAAAGUGAAGCUCGGGGUGGUCUUGGACAUAUACGAAAACCAGCUUGCUUCGAACCGGUUCUUGGCUGGUGAUGAAUUCACUAUGGCUGAUUUGACGCAUAUGCCUGCGAUGGGGUACUUGAUGCGUACCAACAUAAACCGGAUUGUUAAGGAUCGGGUGAAUAUGAACCGGUGGUGGGAAGAGGUUACGGCUAGACCGGCUUGGAAGAAGCUUAUGAAGAUGGCUGGUUUCUGACUUAGCUCAAACUUAUGAUGAUCCGAACAAAAUAAGUUUCAUAUUUUCUGUUUCUUCUGUUUGUCUGACUUUCGUACGUUUCAAUAAUUAAAUCAAUUUACUUUUGAAGA